UUCCAUACUUAGAAUAAGAAAAGAGAUAUUGUAACAGUAUAUGUUACUAGACUCCAUCAAUCACUGUUCACACACAAACACUCCCCUCGUUCUUGUACGUACGCACAUAAUCCAUAAAGCAACGAGGUACAAAGGAUUUUCUCACAAAACCAUCCUAAACAUUCCUCUUCCUUCUUCUAAAACCAGUUUCAAGAAAACGGUAUCCUUUUUCUUCAUUGUUUGAAGCUCUAGCUAGCUAGCUGGCUGUUUCUCAACAUCCUCGUCUUCAAAUUUCAUCCAUGGAUACUGCUCAGUGGCCACAGGAGAUAGUGGUGAAACCAAUAGAAGAGAUAGUUACAAAUACAUGUCCAAAGCCUCCUGCUUUGGAGAGGAAGGCAAGGCCUCAGAAAGAACAAGCCCUCAACUGUCCAAGGUGCAAUUCAACUAACACCAAUUUCUGUUACUAUAACAACUACAGCCUUACACAGCCUAGGUACUUUUGUAAGACUUGUAGAAGGUAUUGGACAGAAGGGGGUUCUCUGAGAAAUAUUCCGGUCGGUGGAGGUUCAAGAAAGAACAAGAGAUCAUCAGCUUCUUCUUCAUCUUCUUCAAAAAAACUUCCUGAUCUGAUUACACCAACAAGUUUGUCACAAACUUCUACACAAAACCCUAAGAUCCAUGAAGGCCAAGAUCUAAACCUAGCUUUCCCAUCCACUCAAAGUAUUAGAAGUUUCUCUGAAUUGAUUCAAUUACCGAGCAUUAAUGAAAACAACAACAAGAACCCAAUAUCUUCCUCUACUUCUGCAUCUACUACCACAUCCCAACUUUCAGCUCUGGAGCUGUUAACUGGAAUCUCCUCCAGGGGUUUGAAUUCUUUUCCUAUGCCAGUUCAAGAUCCAAGCACACUUUAUACAUCAAGUUUUCCUCUUCACGAUUUCAAACCAACCUUGAAUUUCUCUUUGGAUGGGCUUGGAAGUUGUUAUGGGAGUCUCCAAGGGGUUCAGGAAGCUAAUGGAAGACUUUUGUUUCCAUUUGAAGAUUUAAAGCAAGUUUCAAGCACGGCUGAUAUUGAGCAAAAUAAAGAGCAUGGUGAUUCUACAGGAUAUUGGACUGGAAUGUUUGGUGGAGGAUCAUGGUAAAUUAGAUGAAGAAAAUAAUUUGAGGGUUUUGUCUUUUUUCUUUUUGGAUUUUUUUUUACUUUAUUAUAGUAAGUUCUUAAGGUGGGUGACUUGGUUUGCAUUUCUUCAUUACUAACAGAUAGGAUACAUGGGCGUCUUACUCUCUCUAUCGGCUUCGUUGUUUUACUCUAAAUUUUCUUCUUUACUCUUCAAACUUGUGGGAAUUUGAAGCUCAUUUUAGGUUGGCU